AUGUCAUAUCGUCCAUCAUCUGCUCGUCGUCAACAAACGAGCAUCAAUCCCAUCACGGGUGAAAAAAUUGAGUAUGCCAAAAAAGCUCAUGCUCUAAAUGAUCAAGCGGCACCUAUUAUUCCAUCGUUAGAUCUUACUAAUGUAAAUGAUAGUGAUCGACAACCACCACCUUCAGCCCACCAAUAUCAAGGAUCUGCAAGACCAGGAUCUGCACGCUUAGGUUCGUAUCGACCAACAAGUCAAGCCUAUGGAAAUUUUGAUCAUCAGAAAGCAAUCUAUACGAAUCGUCAUGGAAAUAUAUUGCAAAAUACUCAGUUUGAUCUCAAUCCUGACCGUGUACCCGCAAUGGAUAUACAAGUGGUACCUCCUCCACCGCCACGGCCUAUGUCAUCUCGUACUCAACGAGCUUUAUCAACUCGUUUACCUGAUUCCGUUCGACCAGCAAUAAUAUUAGAUGGAAUUUCAGGGUUAAGUCAUCGUGAACGAUCUCUUUCAUCAAUUAAUUCACCCAUUGAUGAAUUUCAAUUAGCUUGGUUAGAAAGUGGAAAUUAUCAAGAUUCUUUACAGAAAGUAGCUGCUGAUGAAAAAAAUGAACAACGAAAACAUGAACUAAUGACUGAACAAGUUUUAUCUGAUCAACUAUCUCGUUAUGUAUUAAGUGAUGUUGAACAAGAAGAAGAUCGUCAUAAGCCAAUGAUUAUGCAACAACAACCAAGACGAAAUCUCGAUAGACGCAUGCAUGAAACAAAAGUUAAAACAAGUACGUCAUUAACAGAAAAUUUACUUAGUAAACGUAUACGUUUUUCAUGUCGUAUUGUAACGAGAGAUGGCAAAGAUGCAUUAAGAGAUUUAUUUGGUUUUUAUUUUAUGCUGGAUCGAACAUUGGCUAUUUACGAAUAUCGAGUUUUAGGCAAAAGGUCAAAUGCACUACCAUUAAUUCCUCGUGGCCAAUAUGUUCAUCUAUCGGGCUAUAAUCAACGACAACCAUAUACUUUGCUUGAUUUCUAUCAAGGAGCUCGAAUUGAUUUUGAAACACGCACAAUUAUGUCCUUACCAGAAACUGUUCGUCAUCAAACAAAGCUAACAAUUUCUAUUAUUUUAAUCGAUGAACAAGAACGACAAACAUUAUUACUUGAUGGUGUACAAGAUCUAAAACGUCGAGAAGUUCUUUAUGCUGUAAAACAUCCAUAUAGUACAGAACAACUUGAAAAUCAAAGAUAUUUAGCUGAUGUUCAUCAACUUUCAAAAUCACAAAUAAAACAACGUACAUUAGUUGUUUAUACAAAUCUAGCUGCAUAUUAUCGUCGACGAGCAAAUAUGGAUCGCUAUCAAGAAAAAGAUUCAAUUUGUAUAUGCGAAAAAGAAGAUCUAUUAGCUGGAUUACAUGAAUAUAAAAUACAUAUAAGUGCUGGACAUUUUUCUUAUGUUUGGUCUCAUAUGUCAAUACAAGGCGAAGCAAAUGAAUUUCUUACUUUACUGUUCGGAGAAAUAAAUGAAAAACGUUUUGCACAAGUGAUAAAAGCUUAUUCAAAAAUAGAUCCAUCUAAAACAGGUUAUACAAAUAUUGAUACGAUGAAAAAAUUUGUUAAUCUUUAUGGACAUCCAUAUGGAAUUCAAAAUCAUUUAUCUGAUGAACAAUUAUGGACACGUUUCUGUGAUACGUUUCGUUUUGCUUUGGACUAUCCGCGUAUAUCCUAUUCAGAAUUUCUUAAUGUUUAUGAAGCACUUAAUAUUGCCGUUGAUCAAGAUGAUGAUUUUAUUCAUCUUAUUAAUAAUACAUGGCAUAUUUAA